AUGAGUCGAACUCAAAUCUUAUCGCUAUUAAGAGAUCAGAAGGAAGUCAUCAUUCAGCAAAAAACAAUCAAGCUCAAUGCAAUAUCUUUCCCUUUCAAUAUAUAUGAUUUAUUUGAAACGAUUCAUGAGUACUUGUACUCAUUUGAUCCACCAAUACAACUCGAAAAAUUGUCUAUACAAAGCAAUGGGAUCACCGAGUUACCGUUAAAUAUUCAUAAAAUUUCAAGGUAUUUAAAAUAUCUAGAUUUGCAUAAUAACUCGCUAACAGAAGUAGCUGAUAGCUUCUUUGAAAACUUUCCCAGUUUGGAAAUAUUGGACUUGUCGUCAAAUAAAUUUUCAUCCUUCCCUGACUCGAUAGCCUCACUACAUAAUCUAAUAGUAUUAUCAGUCAAGGAUAAUUUUAUCAAAUUUGUGCCACCAAAGGUAGGCGAGAUGAAGCAUUUGAAUCUUAUCGAGCUUUUUGGGAAUCCAUUGAUAAUACCGUCAAUAGAGAAGAUACGAGCGUUGCAACAUCAAAGUGUGGACCUAGAAUGGGUCGAAGAGUUGAAGAAAUAUUUGAAAGCUAAUGCAACACUUAUUAAGCAAGGCAUAGAGGAGGCGAAACACGGUGACAUGUUAGCGGACUCCCAACUGACUCCCAUCCACGAUCUGAACAAUGUAUCUCCAGAUACUACCCCUCCAAGGAUCACUAGAUCACUAAGUAUGGGCGAUACAUCAAAAAGUAAAUUGUCUAGAGCCUCAAAAAGAAUGGGGUUGGUUAUUAAGAAAGCGGAGGAGAACGGCUCUUGUGAAAAUUUGGAAGAAGACGAAGAUUAUCAAGAUUUCAAUGGAAAUACUAAUCCUCCACCACACAACACAGUACGUUCUGCUUCAGCAGCAGAGACUACUUUUCAAAUUUCUUCAUCACCUUCAAUACCGAUCUCAUCAACUACAUUAUCAAUAGCGACAAACUCUACCGCCGACUCCCCGCUGAAGGGCCAUGAUCCACAUAGUGCAAAGAGUAGUAAUAACUCAAGUCACACAACUAAGCCUCUAGUAACUCGAUCGCGAUCCAAUACAUUUAAGGAAAUUGACCAGAUUUUGGAAAAAAGCGAAAGCGUGGAUACUGAGCACAAAUCAAAUGCUUAUUUCCGAAGACUUUCAACUCUUCAAGAACAACCAUUAGAUGAAAACGACAAAACGAACAAUAAUCACUUGGAACCUAAAAGUACACGCCAUAAUUCUGAAACAAGUUCUAAUCUUCAAAUUCCAGUUGUUCAGCAGCCGCAAGCGGUACAGCGCUCAAAUGCUCCCCCCGUCUCAAUCGAAGGAUCACCAACACGAGUCUCCGCGUCGGCUAGAAAGUAUCCGUGUUCAGUGCUAAUUAAAGUAUCUAGAAAAAUCUUGUUUGCAUUUAGUGAGUUACAUUCCUCUAUACGGAGAUUUACUGGAUUCUGCACUGACAAAAAAGUAGCAAUGAAAAUGGUGUCACUUUUAUACACAACAAAAUCUAAUAUUGACACCCUUGUGGAAAACCUAGAGCUUGUUGAAGAAAAUGGUGGUAACUCAGAAAUUAUUGCACAAACACUUCAUACUUGCAUUGCCUCCUUCAAAUUGAUUAUGAACUUGCUACACGAAAAUAUAGGCAAAUUUGUUAGUAAAAUCGAUGUUUGUUUUAUAAGGAUGUUGUACCUUUCAGUUUUUGGGUCAUUCAAUGAGCUACAAAACGCCUUUAAGCUACUCUCGGUUAAACCAAAUGCACAAAAAAAUUUGGUGACUGAACAAAAGCAGAAAAUGUCUAUCAAUACCAAUGUUGGAACAUUAUUUGAUGAGGUGGAUGAAAAAUUGUACACUGCAAUCAAAUCUGCAUGCUUUAACGCUCAAUCUAUUUUUACAGAGUUGAACAAAGACGUUAAUCGGGGAGCCUCAGAAAAUGCAGCUGCAGUGCUGCCUACAAUUGCUGCGAAAAUUAAGGAGCUCACUAAUCUAUGUGCACUUUCUUUGGAAAUUAUAAAAAGGCUCACCACAAGAUUGGUAACUAUUAGGAACAAUGCUCUGCAAACCACGAAAAAAAUGUUUGUUGAAGAUGUCAAUCAAUUCCUUAAAUCCAUUGUACAAAUUUUAGCAACGGUGAAGGGUAUUGUUGUUGAUCUACCCAUUUUAGAGGAUGUACGUGCUUCCAUGUCUAGCUUGACAAAGACUGCUAAGGAAGUGACAUACAUGUUGGAGAUUUCAUCGUACAAGGCAUUAUUAACAGAACCAGCAAACGCUGCCACAUCACAAACGUCACAGCAAUCACAAAACCAGCCAUUAUUCACACCUACUGCAGCGCAUGCUCCUUCGUUACCUUCAACGGCUACUUUCGCCACGGGACCUGUACCUCCAAGGUCACAAAUCAAAGCACAACCGAGCCAUUCAGUUUCUAAUCACCAAGAAUCUUUGGCGAGUUCUGUUUUUUCGAUGAAUGGACCACUGACUGCACCACCACAAUCUAUGGGACAAGCGCUUGCUAAGCAUGGGAUAAACCCUUUCGAUAAGUUGAUUCAAACAAAGAAUGAAGGUGAAAAUUGA